GAUCACAAACGGAUUUCACUUCCGUGAAGUGACCAUCGCAUGUUCCCUUCACUUAAGGACUUCUGGAAGGGCCAUUCGUGAAGGGAUUCAGUUGUCACUUUCGUUUGGAACGUCCCUAUAAAUGGAGUCUCCUUCCCGAAGUGCCCUUCAAGGGCGCCAAAAAGCAUUUUGGAAGCCGCGUCAUAGCUCAUUAUCAUAAAGUUGCCGUGAUUUCAACUCUCCUCGACGCUCUCAACGUUCAAGUCGCGCCGCUGCUCGCCGCAGGUUCACUUUGAAAAUGAAUGCCUUCCGGCCACUUUGACGCUUGUCUCUACGCAGCGGUGUGAACACGCGGGUUCAGAGUUUAAAAACCCAGGAAGCAGUGCACUGUCUGGUCAUUUCUUCUGACUUCCAAUAAUUUAGCUCACCAAGAUGCGUUGGCAAAUUCUGGUGAUCUUUUCGUUCAUUCAUUUCUUCUCAUCUGGGGACACGCUCCUGGCACCUUGUGACAGUCAGAUCUACUGCACUGGAGAAGUCCUGCGACAGGUCCAGAUGGCCAAACUGUUUGAUGAUGACAAGUAUUUUGUAGAUAUGAAGUUGACUAGAGCUCCCGAAGUCGUUGUGGAGGCUUUUGCCAAACUGAGCUCAGAGUUCCCAAAUAAGGAUGUCCCGUCCUCAGAGCUACAGAAGUUUCUGCAGACAUACUUUGAAGAGCCGGGUAAGGAGUUUGAGCAGUGGACUCCCCCAGACUGGCAUUCAAAACCGAAAUUCUUGUCCAGGGUUUCUGACUCAAAAUAUCGCAGUUGGGCUGAAGAACUGCACAGUUUGUGGAAGUCCCUUGGUCGAAAGAUCCGUGAUGAUGUCAGAGACCACCCAGAGCUGUACUCACAGGUUUACACCCCUCACCCAGUUGUCGUGCCUGGUGGCCGCUUUAGGGAACUCUAUUACUGGGACUCAUAUUGGAUAUUAAAUGGUCUCCUUUUGUCAGAGAUGACUGAGACGGCUCGAGGAAUGAUCCUAAACUUUGUGUACCUGGUGGAAAGAUAUGGCCUUGUCCCAAACGGUGGUCGGGUUUAUUACGAGCGGCGUAGUCAGCCUCCCUUCCUUCCGCUAAUGGUGGAAAGUUUCUAUGAGGUCACCGGAGACAAAGACUUCCUCAGGCAGGUUUUGCCAGCACUGGAAACAGAGUACAGCUUUUGGAUGCAGAAUCGCUCUCUUUCUGUGGCGAUGAGUGGACUGACUCACAUCCUGAAUCGAUAUAAUGUACCGGUGGACAUGCCGAGACCUGAGUCGUACAGUGAUGAUGUAGAGCUGGCUGAGGGCCUGUCAGCAGAGGCUCAGAAGAAACUUUGGACAGAACUGGCAUCUGGUGCAGAGUCAGGCUGGGAUUUCUCUUCUCGCUGGUAUAUAGACAGCACAGGCAGAAACAGCGGCACCCUGAGAGACACAAAGACAAGCUCCAUCCUGCCCGCUGACCUCAAUGCCAUCAUGUGCCGCAAUGAGCGUCUGCUGGCCUCCUUCCACAGGAUUCUGGGUAAUGAAGAGAAGGCAGUGGAAUACGAGAAGGCACUUUCUGCUAGAAUUAAAGGGGUUGAAAGUUUACUGUGGGAUGCAGAAAGAGGAGCCUGGUUUGAUUUCAGCCUGGUGAAAGAGACCCGGCACCUGUCUUUCUACCCAUCUAACCUGGCACCUCUCUGGGCACAAUGUUACUCUAACCCGGAAAUGGCCAACCAGGCUGUGCAGUACCUGACGGGUAGUGGAGGUCUGGACUAUCCUAACGGGGUUCCCACCUCUCUUAGUAAAAGUGAGCAGCAGUGGGACAUGCCCAACGCCUGGCCUCCGCUUCAACACAUGAUUAUAGAGGGUCUCUCCAGGCUCGAUUCAGCCCACGCUAAAGAGCUCGCCUUCAGAUUGGCCCAACAGUGGAUUCAGACCAACUGGAGGGCGUACAUCAAAUAUGAGGCCAUGUUUGAGAAGUACGAUGUCAACGGUGAUGGAAAGCCCGGAGGAGGUGGCGAGUAUGAAGUUCAGUUGGGAUUCGGGUGGACCAAUGGGGUUGCUCUGCAGCUGCUUAACCAGUAUGGUGAUAGGCUGAGCUCUGGAGGGAGUGUCCUGAGUGGCAGCAUUCUGAUCGCACUCAUCUAUCCCAUCUUAAAAUCUCUGUUCUGUUCCUGAUCCGUGAAGUCUGGAGGCUGAAGCAGCGGAAACAUUAGAGAACUCCACAUCUGCAUUCAACAGCUGAAGCUGAAAUGAUUCAGUCGAUGACUUUCUGUCUGACUCGCUUGCUUUUUUUCUUGGAACUAAGAGGGAACCCAAAAAAGUUUAGCAGAGAAUAGCAUUCUAACACUUUACAAUAAGGUUCAGUUUGUUGACAUGAACUAAUGCUAUAAAAAUAUUCAAAAGCAUUUAUUGAUCUUCGUAAAUUUUUAUUUCAUUAUUUAGUAACACAAUGUUACACUCAUCUGUUAAGUAUAAUUAAAUGGACCUGAGCUGACAAUGAAGAGUUGACAAAAGUGGAAAAUAAAAACGCUGUAAUAAAUGAA